GCUAUGAGGAAGCAUUAGGGAGCUGAGCAAACAGUGCAACUGGAGCAGAGAGAGGAGAAGCAACAUGGGAGAGCUUCGCAUCCACUCCGUUCUGGUGACUGGGGCCAACCGGGGAAUCGGCCUGGGGCUUGUCCGGCAUUUCCUGGGGAUGCCAAAUCCACCCAAGUGGGUCUUUGCGGCUUGUCGGGACCCCAAGGGACAGCGAGCGCAGGAGCUACAGAAUUUGGCCUCCAAGCACCCCAACCUGGUCAUCAUUCCACUCGAAGUCACGGAUACCGCCAGCAUCAAGGCAGCUGCAGACAGAGUUGGGGAGCACCUGGGGGGCUCAGGACUGACCCUCCUCAUCAACAACGCUGGGAUUGCAAAGCCAAACUCACUUGAUAAUGAGACACUGGAGGACAUGACCGAGGUGUACACCACCAACACGGUUGGGCCCCUGCUGCUGGGCCAGGCAUUCCUGCCCUUGCUGAAGAAAGCUGCUCAGGGGAGCCCAGGCUCAGCACUGAGCUGCAGCAAGGCAGCCAUCAUCAACAUGUCCAGCUCUGCGGGCUCCAUUGAGGAUCCUUAUUUAUGGAAUUAUGGACAAGCUGUCUCGUACCGCUGCAGUAAGGCUGCUCUGAACAUGCUGACCAAGUGCCAGUCCCUGGGCUACCGGCAGCACGGCGUCCUCUGCGUUGCUCUCCACCCUGGCUGGGUGCAAACCGACAUGGGAGCCUCCGCCGGACACACGCCCCCCGUGACGGUGGACGCCAGCGUGGGAGGGAUGCUGAAGGUGCUCUCCUCCCUCUCUGAGAAGGACACUGGCACCUUCCUGGACUGGGAAGGGAAGGUCGUGCCCUGGUGAGACACCGACCCGGCCUCCUGGCAGCGGGUCCUGUGCCGCUGCUCCCACCUGCCCCACGUCCUCAAUAAACUCCUGCCUGAGAGCCACUGGCUCUGCUGCGCACUGCCAGCUUGCAGGGGUGACCCCUUCCCGGCGUCCCCACUCCCCAUCCCGGGCUGCAGCAGAGCC